AUGAAAACGCACCAGAAAGUUUUUACUGGAAGGAAACCCUAUAAGUUUAGCAAAUAUAUCAAAAACUUUGCAGAGAAGUAUAAACCUAUAAAGCACACUGCUGUGUACACUGGGGUGAAGCUGUGUAAAAGUACAACACUCGAUAAGAGUUUUACAUCUAAGGAUAAUGUUUCCUGGUAUGAAAACAUCCAAAGAGAGAAUAGACCAUACAGAUGUACUGUAUGUAAUAAGAGCUUUAAACAAAAGGGCCAUCUCACAGUCCAUGAGAAAACCCACAGCUUAGGGAAACCAUACAAAUGUUCCUUAUGUGGAAAGUGUUUUACUCGGAAUUACAACCUCACAGUCCAUGAGAAAAUCCACUCCGGAUACCAUUAUAAUUGCUAUAAAUGUGCCACAUGUGACAAGAGCUUUAAGUGGAAGAGCAGCCUUACAGCUCAUGAGAAAAUGCACAUUGGAGAGAGGCCAUAUAAAUGUAUAACAUGUGACAAGAGUUUUAUAAGGAAAAGCAACCUUACAGUCCAUGAAAGAAUACACACUGGAAAUAAGUCUUAUAAAUGUGCCACCUGUGGCAAGAGUUUUACUCGAAAGGACUACCUCACAACCCAUAAAAGAAGUCACAGUGGAGUGAAGCCGUACAAGUGUUUAGCUUGUGAUCAGAGUUUUACAUGGAAGAGCCAACUCACUGUCCAUGAGUAUAUCCACACUGGAAUUAAGUCAAAUAAAUGUAGCACAUGUGGCAAGAGUUUUUUGCAGAAGGGCCACUUAACAGUCCAUGAGAAAAUCCACAUGGAAAAUAAAUCUUACAAAUGUACCACGUGCGACAAGAGUUUUACCCUGAAAGGUCAGCUUACAGCUCAUAAGAAAAUCCAUAAUGGAAGCAAAUCCUACAAAUGUGCAAUUUGUGGCAAGUGUUUUCUACGGAAGUGUAGUCUUACAGUCCAUGAAAAAAUUCACAGUGGGGAGAAGCCCUAUAAAUGUGCAACUUGUGGUAAGAGCUUUACAUUGAAACACAAUCUCUCACACCAUGAAAAGACGACACAGUGGAGAAAAGCAGUAUAA